CUUUUUUUUCUUCUCUUUCUUCUUUCUCUAUCUCUCUUUUUGUUUAGAUUUACUUAUAGUAUCUUGACACCUGAACUAUUUACAACUCAGAUAAUCACUAAGCACACCUCAGGAACCAAACAAAGAAGAGUAGUGAGCUCGAGAUGCAACAACCCGAGAUCCUCAUCAACACACCACCAUCAUCAAGUAUACCUACUAUCAAUUCAGGAGUCUUAAAUAAUAGUAGUACGAAGCAGAGAGGGCUUACAUCACCUCUCUAUGAAUUACAGCAGCAAUAUGAUUCAUACCGGCGUGGCAGCGGCAGCAGUAACAGUGAUUACAAGAGGAGCUUCACUGUCGAAACUUUGAAUGAAUAUUAUCUCAAUACUAGCAGUGGUAAAAGUCACUACAUUAAUUCUUCUUCUCUAACACCUCGAUCAGAUAUCAGCACUACAUCAGAACUCUUGACACCCUCUGCCGCUAUCCGUGAUCAAUAUUACAAAUCAAGUCGUUACUUACAGGAUAAUGAUGGAGCGGAUGAAUUAAUGGACGAUGACGAUGAUAAUAAAAAUGAAGGCAUUAUUGCCACAAGUUUGAUGGUUAAUGAAAAGUUGCAAGAGGCAACUGGAGAUAUAUUGGAUUAUCGUCCAGGUGUUGUUUACACAAAACCUAAUGAUACACAAAGCAUUUACACUUGUCAUAGUAGCAGUCGUAGUACCAUGAACGAUUCAGUUAUCUCUUUACGUACAGCCAUUAUACCCAAUACAACAUCUACUACCAUUCAUAAUGACACAGAAGAGGAGAUUCGCUCUAUUUCAAGUACUAGAACUGUAGAUGAUCAAUUACAGGGAAGAAAGACUACCAUUUUAGGUGGAGGAAGUAACAUGAUAGACAAACUCAUGAGGAAGAAGAGUAAAAUUUCAAGGUCUGCUUCCAUUUUCAACAAAAAGAAACCAUUAGAGCAGCAGCAGCAGCAACAACAGCAACAACAUGUCACACCUACUGCUUCAACUUCCUCGCUCAGUCUAUUGUCAAAGCUAUCAAAAUCAACAGCACCUAUGCGGGCCAAAUUAUUCCACUCCAGCACGAAUCCACAAGGCUCAGUUACCAAUCAUGGAAACAGUAUUAAGCAACAAAAGCAACUAUUAACUUUACCAGGAAAGAAGCAUGUCGCUGAAAGUGUUUACAACCUGCCUAUUACAACAUCAACAAGUUCAUCCGCAAGUUUAUUGCAGACACCCAACUCUUUCUCAGCACAGCAUUAUCAAGAUCACCGUAAAAUGUUUAUUUUGGAAAAAUCGCAAUCAAUCGCCACCUUGAAUAUGCCACCACAAACAGCUUCGACUCCCUACAGCAUGACUACUUUAAACAGUGCACCUUUAUCUACGUCUUCAUCUACAAAUUCGGCAGUCUCAAAUACCAUGGUAACAGCUAUGACCUUAGUGGAUGAGCCUGAUUCUUAUUUAUCCACACCCAAUUCCAACACUGUUCAGGAGGACAUGCUUCUCUCUAACUUUUAUCCAGCUUUACUGUCUAAUGUAGCCCAAGUAUUUAAAAACUCAAUUAUCACCAGUACAAAAUCGAAAGACAGUAUCAAAUAUAAAGACGCUUUCGAUGGUAGAGAAGCAGUGGAUAAGCUCGCUCAUCUGAUACGAACAAAAGAUAGAAACUUGGCCUUAUUAUUAGGCCGUGCUUUAGAUGCUCAAAAAUUCUUCCACGACGUGAAUUAUGAGCACCAUCUACGAGAUUCAACCCAAGAGUUAUAUCAAUUUAAAGACCAAUCCUCUGUUAUUGUUGAAAAUAGGCCUCGUAGUGAGUACUACAAUAAUCAACAAAAAAAUGUCAUGAUUAGAUCAGAGUUUACAACAGCAGCGGCUGAAAAGUUAGAAAUUGAGGGCAACGACCUUAACGAUUGGCCAAAUGGUGUAUUUACGAUUCUCACUGAUUGUUAUUCACCAACAUGUACAAAAGAAAACGUGUGUUAUUCUGUACGAUGCCCAAGACGCCAAGAAAAAUAUUUCGAACAGCAACAGCAACAGCAGCAAAAACAGCAGGAGCAAAAACAUCCACGAGCUAAUAAUAGAUUAUCAAAGGGCCCCCCUUACAAACAUAGCAGUAAUAGUAGCAACAGUAUCACAACCACAGGUCAGCAAAGUGGAAGACAGCAUAGUCGAGAAGGCAGUCUAACACUCCUUCACAAAGAAGAGGAACGGCAGCAAGAUCGCCUGUGGAUCAACACUGUGCCUCAAACCAUCCUUGAUUCACUUACAAAGGAAGAAAAGAAACGGCAAGAAAACAUAUUCGAACUCAUCUAUACUGAGAAGGACUUUGUAGAUGACCUGAACUAUAUCAAAACAGAAUGGAUAGACGGUAUUUUGGAAAAUGAACACAUCACAGGAGAUAAGGCUACUAUGGUGCAUGAGAUUUUUUGGAAUAUUGAAGAAGUCCUUCAAGUCAAUUCAACAUUAUCAAGCUCCCUUUUGAAUCGCCAAGCAGAAAACCCUGUUGUCAACCAGGUGGGUGAUAUUAUGUUGAGCCAUGUUGCUCAGUUUGAACCUUUUGUUCGUUAUGGUGCUCAUCAAGUCAUUGGGAAGUACAUGUUUGAAAUGGAAAAGUCGCGCAAUCCUUCAUUUCUAGAGUUUGUACGAAGAACCGAGCGACUGCCGCAAUCGAGGAAACUUGAACUGAAUGGCUAUUUGACAAAACCUACUACACGAUUGGGCCGCUAUAAUUUACUUUUGCGGGAAAUUCUUAAACAUACUCCGACAAAUCAUCCUGAUCAGGAGACCAUUCCUCGUGUCAUGACGAUCAUUUCCAAGUUCCUCACUGAUGUCAACCGUGAAACAGGCAAGACGGAAAACGCAUUCAACUUGCAAUUACUGAAUGAUCGUUUGAUCAACAAGCACAUUUCCAAUUUCGAUCUCGAUCUAACCGCACCCAACCGACAAUUGAUAAUGAAAGGAAGUUGGAAGAAGGGCCCAGCGGGCGGUGAUUAUGAUAUUGUUGUCUAUCUAUUAGAUCACUGCUUACUCUUCGUGAGAGCGAAACAGAAUGAGGAGAAGUACAAAUUACAUAAGAAGCCUAUUCCGUUAGCCUUAUUGUCAUUAAGUUUCCCUGAUCAUACUAGACGAGCGAGUACUAUUUUACCGCUGGGAAGACCGAGUAAUAUAUCGAGUACAGAUCUAUUGACAUACUACAACAACAACUACAACGACAACAACACUAACAACAAUAACAGCCACCAUUUUACUGCAGCAGCUUAUACCAAUACUAUGCCUAUUAUUCCCCAGAAAAAACUUUCAACUGAUUCCCUCAAAAGUACUUCUAAUCACCUCUGUAAUACCAAUAAUACCAUCUCUCAUUCCCCGUCACAGCCGCAACCACCUAUAUAUUCUACUUUCCACACUAUCAAUAACAGUAACUCCACUUAUACCAAUCUUAACAGCAACGUAACUGCCACUAGCCCGUAUCACAACAAUAACAAUCAAGGUCAUCAUGGAUAUCCUAUCUCUUUUGUUCAUUUGGGUAAGCAAAGUACGGGCAUUAUAACCUUGUACGCACCAACGUUAGCAACUCGAAAACAAUGGGUUGAUAAGAUUGAAGGCCAACGCAAGGCAUUGGUGGAGAAACAUAAAGUCCUGCAUAUUCAACCUGCCAAUGAGAAUUUCUUUUCGGCGUUCAACAAGGUCAACUGUGCAGCUGUGUUUGAUAACGGUAAAUCGCUUCUUUUGGGUGGAGAUCAAGGGGUUUAUCUGAAGAAAGAAGGCAGCGGAGACAACCUGAUUCGUAUUCUGGCCAUGGAUAAAGUAUCCCAGAUUGAUAUUUUAGAGCAGAGCAAUCUUAUUUUGGUGUUGGCGGACAAAAACUUGUACACAUAUUCUUUAGACUCUAUGUUAAAUUCUCAGGACAGCAACGCUUUUGAAAACUCUUCUACUGCGAGUCAUCAUACUGUCAUCAAACGAGGCAGGAAAAUCAGUAGUCAUGUAGCUUUCUUCAAAGUAGGCUGUAUCUUUGAUAAGUUGACAGAGAAGGAAAAGACCCUUAUUUGUUAUGUAAAGAAUAAUGCCAUGACAUCUACUAUUCGAGCCUUGGAGCCUCUGGAAACGACAUCCUCAACAACAGGGGCGAAUGGCUCGUCUUCUUUGAAUAUGAAUCAGCAGCAAAAGAAUACGACUAAAAAGAAGAUAGCAGUAGGAAAAAAGUUCAAGUUUAGAGGACAUCAUGAAGCAGCCCUAAAGGCUUAUAAAGAUUUAUAUAUUCCUGGAGAAGCCACUUCAAUCCAAUUUUUUAAAAACAUAAUCUGUGUGGGGAGUGAAAGAGGAUUUCAGAUGGUUAAUAUCAGUUCUGCUGAAGUACAAAGUGUGCUUGACCCUAAUGAUGAAAGUAACAAUUCACUCUUACAAUUAUACGAGAAUAUGAAGCCCAUCUCCAUGUUCAGGCAUAAAGACGGCAAUAUAUUACUUUGCUACGAUGAAUUAGCAUUUUAUAUCGAUAAAAAGGGCAAGCGCGUUCGCAAAGAUUGGUUUAUUGCUUGGGAAGGCAAUCCAACAGCUUUUGCGUUUCGAUUCCCAUACGUUGUCGCGUUCAACAUCAAUUUCAUUGAAGUCCGCCAUAUCGACACCGGGGAUCUACUGCAAGUCAUACCUGGGAACAAUAUUCGCUGCUUAAUACCAGAUUCUACAGAUCGCAUAUUCGGCGUCAUGGAUGACCGUAUGGCAGGUUCUGAAGUGAUAUUCGAGUUGAAAUUAGUGGAUUCUCACCGUCGAAAAAUGAGUAUGAUAAAGAAUAAUAGUGGUAGAAGAAGAAAAUACAACGAAGAAGAUAUUCCUGUGGCUGCUUUAUCUGCAACUGUCAGUGGAAACAAUGGCGCUGUGAACAGCAGCUCUUCUAGGGAUUAAUCCUUUCUAUUUUCAUGUUGUUCAUUCCAAAAAUUUACAAUCCUUUCAUGUACAUAAAUCAUUUCAAAAUGUAUUUUAUAACUCGCUUCUUAUAAUGAAAAUGCUGCCUUUAAAUGCAGCUCCAUGUUGGAAGAACUUUGCAUUGUACUC